AUGUUCAAGAAUAAGUAUCAGGGAGGAGCUGUGGUAGAACUAUUCUGCGCUCAAGGAAAUGAUCCUGUGGCCAAAUGGAAACUCAGCGGGGGAGCCAUACACAAAGAAUAUAAUAAAGAAAUCAAAGGAUUUGUGUAUUGUCUGGAUGGUAGCAGUAGGACAGUCAAAAUGCAAAUGCCAAAGAAUGGAAAAAAAUCUUUGGGACUACUUCAAAGAUUUCUAGUUUUUCAAGUCAAUAUUCCACCCGACAGAGAUUUUUCUAUUGAACUCAUGGUAACUGAUACAGAUCACCUUAAACGCCGACUUUAUUUAUCCACCGUGCACAAAAAGCUUUCCACUACACUUUGGCAUGCCAUGAUUCCCCUCGUCGCCCUACAUCACAAAAUUUGGUUGACCUUGUGCAUCGACCUUGUUUCAUUCACUAGCAAACUGUUCAAAGAUGUGGCAUAUGUGAGUUUGGAUUCAAUAACAGUAUUUGCUAACUGUAGAAUGCGGAGAAUCUUUACAAUGAGAGCAGAGCCCAAGGGCGGAGAUGAAAUGUUCCUGAGCGGAGGUGGUUUGAUGGAGUUGAUUCCACGAAAUUUUCACUUCCCACAAGACACAAAACACAUGGCGCAGGUUUUGAACAUGGAAAAUCCGACCAAUCCCGAAGUCAGAGCCAAUCCUGAAAAUAAUCGCAAUGCGGACAAACAGGUCAUGGUUCCUGGCCGAUGGAUAGUGUUGAAAUACAACCUUGUCUUCAGCAAGAAACCUUAA